UAAUUGGGAGGGCCUAAUAGCAAGGACGGAUCAACUAGAUUUUGAGGGCAUAAAAGAGCAACCAGCGACGUAAGAAAGAGAGAGGUUUGGAUCGAGAGAGAGAGAGAUGAAUAGGAACAAGGGGAAGACGAAGACGAAGAAAACGGAAAAGGAUGAGGUUGAAGAGUUGCUCCAAGCAGCACAGGACGAUAUGCUGCUCGGUCUAUCCGUAGACUCUCACAUAUCCCGCCUUUCUGACGUGGACCGCCGUUUCCAGGCCCUCAAACUCAAGUCUCCGACUCCACCUAAAGUUGCCGAUGCUAAUUCCAGUGCGCCUGCUGUCACAUCGAUUCAAGUGGAUGAAGAGCUCAAAGCAGUCCUCGGAGAUGACCUGUCCACCAGAUUCGCAGCUCUCAAGGCCUCAGUGCCCAUGCCCUCCUCCUCCUCCUCUUCUUCUUCCAUAAUCGCCGCCAGCUCGGCAUUGCACGCUGACUACGACGACGACGACGCUGUUGAUGAAGAUGAUGAAGUUGAAAAGUUGAUACGUUGGGCCAAGGACGCCGCUCGCCUUGACCCUUCUCCACCCUCCGACGAUGAAGAAUGAACAUGGACAGAACGCAUCAUCAAUUUGAGGCUUCAGUGCUUUUCUGUUUCUGUGUAUCAGUCUUUUACUUUGACGAGUGAGACUGGCUUUGUUUGGUUUACACCAAAAGCAUACAUUCUUCUUUGAUUAUAACAACAUCAAAAUUGAACUCCA